GCCCUCAAACGUAAUCCAGUUAGAGGCCAGAACGGAUCGCGCGUGCUGCUCCCAGUCAGGUCCAACUCCAACUCGAAGUCCAAGUCCAAAUCCAAAUCAAAAUCCAACUGCCAGAGCAGUGCAGAGCAGAUUAAAUCCCAGAUACGGAAUCGGUUUCGGAAAAUGUCGCUAAUACCGUUCAUACUCGAUCUGGCCGAGGAGCUGCACGACUUUAACCGCAGCCUGGCCAUGGACAUCGAUGACCUGGGCUUCGGUAUGUAUCCGCUGGAGCACCAAGUCCAGGCACAGGCACAGACGCAGACGCACUCCCACCCCUACACCCCACAGCUGAGCCGCCCCGCCCUGCGCCUGGGCCUGGGAUCCAGCCCCACGACAUCUUCUUCGGUUCUGUGGGUGCCCAUCAAAGGGCAACAUGCGGCGUCACCAGCACCGCAGCAUCGCCAUCAUCCCUACAACCGGGUGGCGGGUGCGAAGACCGUCUGCUGCAAUAAGUCGCUGCUGGAGUUGGAAAAGGAGUUGGGGGAGAAGGGUAGUGGAUCAGGUGCUGGCGCAGGAGCUGGAGGAACCACUGCCACUUCUCCAACCACGGCCAGCAAGUCCGCCUAUUCCGUGGUGAACCGCAACGGCUUCCAGGUGAGCAUGAACGUGAAGCAGUUCUCCGCCCGUGAGCUGACGGUGCGCACCAUCGACAAUUGCAUCGUGGUCGAGGGACAGCAUGACGAGAAGGAGGACGGUCACGGGGUCAUCUCGCGCCACUUCAUCCGGAAAUAUAUGCUGCCCAAGGGUUUCGACCCAGCCGAGGUCCACUCGACGCUCUCUUCGGACGGCAUUCUCACCGUCAAGGCGCCACCGCCCCCUCCACCCGCCAACAAGGCGGGUGUGGAGCGGCUCGAACGCAUCGUCGACAUACAGCAGCUUUUGCAGUCGCAGUUGCAGCCGAAGGAUGCGCAGACGCCGAAACCGGUUCCGACAGAGGCACACGCACAGGCAGAGGCAGAGUCGAAGAGUGUCGCCGCCCCAACACCAACAGCAGGAGCAGCAGCAGCAGCAGCCACCCCGGAGAGCAACGGUAAUGGCCAGGCAGAGGCUGUAGCUGCUGCUGCUGACGUUGACGUCGAUGCCGACAUUGCAGUUCCAGCUGAGGCUGCAGCAAAAGCAGUGGAAACUACUUCCACCACUUGCACUUCCACUACAACUUCCAAUUCCAGUGCCAAUAAUGGCGUGAAACUAGAGUCCGAGUCCGAGUCCAUGGAGGUGGCAACUACUGCGGAGGCUUCCACUCCCAAGGAAGAUUCUACUCCCAAUCCGACUGCAGCUGUGGUGAGCAGCUCCGAGGAGGAGGCCAAAACCGAACCCAAUGCCAACGACGUGGCCGUGAGCUCCAACAAUGGAAGCAGCGGCAAUGGCAACGGCAAUUCCGAUGUGGCGCCCGUUGUCGGCGAAGAUGAAGACAUGCCCAUGUCUGCGAAGGCGGUUGGGGAAGAGAAGCAGCAGGAGAAGGAACCGGAGAAGGGCGAGAAGUCUAGCAAGGGGGCUGAGGAGCUAGCUGCCGUCGAUGCCGCCAUACUGCUGGCCAAAAAUCAGCCCGCUGCUGACGGUGGGGAGAACGGUGCAGCCGCAGUUGGUGGGGAGAAUGGAGCCUCUGCCGGAGGGGAGAAUGGAGCUGCUGCUGCGGCAAAAACCGAAGAGGUGGCCGCAAAGUGAAGACUGAAAGAAAAAGAAAAGAGAAACAGAAAAAUAAUAUGUAUGUAUGCGUGAGUUUUAUUCGUAAAUGUUUCCUGUGUUCUCUUUUGGCAUUUCGCUAUAAACAGACAGAGAUAGAAGCUAAGUAGGAAGGCAAACCAAGAGGGAGAUGAUGUCGACUCAAUAACUACGCGAGCGAGAUAGCAGUAUGAUUUCCUAACAAAUAUGUGACAACAACUACAAGUAUUCCAGUAAAACUUAAAGAAACAAAAACCACUUAAUGUACUUACAA